AAGUCUGAAAGUUUUCCAAUUUACCUCUAGGCUCUACUUGCACUGUGAAUUGUGAUUAUUAUUUACUUUUUUAGGAAGAGCAUUCAUUACAAAAUAUGUUGUGCAUAGUGUUUAUUUAAAUGCGAAUCUUUGUACACAGCUUUCAUUUAUUUAAUUUUCAAUCGUUAAAUUUAAACAUUUCUCGCGUGCUGAUGAGUAUCAAAUAAAUAAGCUUUAUUUACGUAACGUAUAAACAUCAUCAUGGCCACCAAUGACCCAAGUGUAAACAGUAUUCCAUCAGCCCCAAAUGAUUUGCCACCUCCAUAUUCAGCCGUUGUAGGUAAUCCACCGUAUGGCUUUGUGGCACCUACGGGGAAUAGUUACACUACCAACGGCUCUGAACCUCCUAAAUAUUUCACUCCUCCUGGCGUAUAUCCCCAUCCUUCCCCUAAUACUGUCAACAUUUCUCAGCCUCUUGCGAGAGAUAUGCCUACCUCUUCAAAUAUGACAGUUCCUGUCGGAGUUGUCUUACCAGCUGCUGUAGGAUCUGAACCAACAACAGUUACUUGUUAUAAUUGUGGAAAAGUAGUUACCACUCGAGUGACUUAUACCACUGCUUGGCAUACACACUUGGUUGCUGGUUCAUUAUGCAUCAUCACUAUGGCCUGUUCUUUAUGCUGUCUCGGGCUAGUCCCAUAUUGCUUUGACACAUUCAAGGAUGCAGAGCAUUACUGCCCAAACUGCAGUACCUUUAUUGGAAAAAGCAAUAAGUGUUAAUCACAAUUCCUCAUUUCAUAUUAAAUGUAUGGAUUGACACAAAUUACAAUAUUAAGUAAACAAUAGCCAAGAGAAAAAUUUUGUGCCAUGUAAAUAUUAAAUCUGUAAUGUCCAUGAUUCUAAGGCCUGUUGUUGGGAGAUGCUUAAACAAUUAAGAGUAAGAUAUUGGAUCACUAUACUAUGUACACAAUCAUUCUUCAAUUGGUCUUGUGAUGUUGUAGCAAGUAUGUUGUAGAACUGGCAUUAUAAUGGGUGGCGCAAAAGUACUGGCACUAAAGAAAAUUUGUUUAUUUUUUUUAUAUGACAUUUCCUGUCAUUCUGUUGUUGAAAAUUGUGUAGUGAACAAAUUUAAAAUACACUGAAAAUAAACAAGGACCGUUUUACUCCCCAAGAACGUGGAAUAAUCGUGUCAAUGUUCUUACAGAAUAAUUCAUCAGUGAUAAAACACAACGUGAAUUUCGUCGACGAUUUCCCCACCGUCCGGCACCGAUUGGUCGCACAAUCCGACGCUUUGCCACACGCCUUGAAGCAAC